GCGGAAAUAUUGUGCUUGAAACAUUAGUACAUAAGUAUGUACUUAAACCGAUGGAUAUUUUUGCUGAUACUGGGGUUCAUGGCGGCUACAGGUAAGUCCCAGAGUAUUUCCUGUUAUGUUUGCGAUGGUGAUGAUUGUGACGAACUUGACGAAGAUAAAAUAUUAAUGUGCGGUCCAGAACCAACGACAACAGAUUACACGACUACUGAAGAAUCCACAACGAGUGAAUCUUCUUCUACCAAUCCACUUACAUCGACUACUGAAGAAUCAACAACUAGUGAAUCGUCUUCCACCAGUCCAGUUACAUCGACUACUGAAGAAUCAACAACUAGUGAAUCGUCUUCCACCAGUCCAGUAACAUCGACUACUGAAGAAUCAACAACUAGUGAAUCGUCUUCCACCAGUCCAGUAACAUCGACUACAGACGAAUCAACUACUAGUGAAUCGUCUUCAACCAGUCCAGUUACAUCGACUACUGAAGAAUCAACAACUAGUGAAUCGUCUUCCACCAGUCCAGUAACAUCGACUACUGAAGAAUCAACAAUUAGUGAAUCGUCUUCCACCAGUCCAGUAACAUCGACAACUGAAGAAUCAACAACUAGUGAAUCGUCUUCCACCAGUCCAGUAACAUCGACUACUGAAGAAUCAACAACUAGUGAAUCGUCUUCCACCAGUCCAGUCACAUCGACUACUGAAGAAUCAACAACUAGUGAAUCGUCUUCCACCAGUCCAGAAACAUCGACUACUGAAGAAUCAACAACUAGUGAAUCGUCUUCCACCAGUCCAGUAACAUCGACUACUGAAGAAUCAACAACUAGUGAAUCGUCUUCCACCAGUCCAGAAACAUCGACUACUGAAGAAUCAACAACUAGUGAAUCGUCUUCCACCAGUCCAGAAACAUCGACUACUGAAGAAUCAACAACUAGUGAAUCGUCUUCCACCAGUCCAGUAACAUCGACUACUGUAGAAUCAACAACUAGUGAAUCGUCUUCCACCAGUCCAGAAACAUCGACUACUGAAGAAUCAACAACUAGUGAAUCGUCUUCCACCAGUCCAGAAACAUCGACUACUGAAGAAUCAACAACUAGUGAAUCGUCUUCCACCAGUCCAGUAACAUCGACUACUGAAGAAUCAACAACUGGUGAAUCGUCUUCCACCAGUCCAGAAACAUCGACUACUGAAGAAUCAACAACUAGUGAAUCGUCUUCCACCAGUCCAGUAACAUCGACUACUGUAGAAUCAACAACUAGUGAAUCGUCUUCCACCAGUCCAGAAACAUCGACUACUGAAGAAUCAACAACUAGUGAAUCGUCUUCCACCAGUCCAGUAACAUCGACUACUGAAGAAUCAACAACUAGUGAAUCGUCUUCCACCAGUCCAGUAACAUCGACUACUGAAGAAUCAACAACUAGUGAAUCGUCUUCCACCAGUCAAGUAACAUCGACUACUGAAGAAUCAACAACUAGUGAAUCGUCUUCCACCAGUCCAGUAACAUCGACUACAGACGAAUCAACUACUAGUGAAUCGUCUUCAACCAGUCCAGUUACAUCGACUACUGAAGAAUCAACAACUAGUGAAUCGUCUUCCACCAGUCCAGUAACAUCGACUACUGAAGAAUCAACAAUUAGUGAAUCGUCUUCCACCAGUCCAGUAACAUCGACAACUGAAGAAUCAACAACUAGUGAAUCGUCUUCCACCAGUCCAGUAACAUCGACUACAGACGAAUCAACAACUACUGAAUCGUCUUCCACCAGUCCAGUAACAUCGACUACUGAAGAAUCAACAACUAGUGAAUCGUCUUCCACCAGUCCAGUAACAUCGACUACUGAAGAAUCAACAACUAGUGAAUCGUCUUCCACCAGUCCAGUAACAUCGACUACUGAAGAAUCAACAACUAGUGAAUCGUCUUCCACCAGUCCAGUAACAUCGACUACUGAAGAAUCAACAACUAGUGAAUCGUCUUCCACCAGUCCAGAAACAUCGACUACUGAAGAAUCAACAACUAGUGAAUCGUCUUCCACCAGUCCAGAAACAUCGACUACUGAAGAAUCAAAAACUAGUGAAUCGUCUUCCACCAGUCCAAUAACAUCGACUACUGAAGAAUCAACAACUAGUGAAUCGUCUUCCACCAGUCCAGUAACAUCGACAACUGAAGAAUCAACAACUAGUGAAUCGUCUUCCACCAGUCCAGUAACAUCGACUGCUGAAGGAUCAACAACUAGUGAAUCGUCUUCCACCAGUCCAGUCACAUCGACUACUGAAGAAUCAACAACUAGUGAAUCGUCUUCCACCAGUCCAGUUUCAUCGACUACUGAAGAAUCAACAACUAGUGAAUCGUCUUCCACCAGUCCAGUAUCAUCGACAACUGAAGAAUCAACAACUAGUGAAUCGUCUUCCAUCAGUCCAGUAACAUCGACAACUGAAGAAUCAACAACUAGUGAAUCGUCUUCCACCAGUCCAGUAACAUCGACUACUGACGAAUCAACAACUAGUGAAUCGUCUUCCACCAGUCCAGUAACAUCGACUACUGAAGAAUCAACAAUUAGUGAAUCGUCUUCCACCAGUCCAGUAACAUCGACUACAGACGAAUCAACAACUAGUGAAUCGUCUUCCACCAGUCCAGUAACAUCGACUACUGAAGAAUCAACAACUAGUGAAUCGUCUUCCACCAGUCCAGUAACAUCGACUACUGAAGAAUCAACAACUAGUGAAUCGUCUUCCACCAGUCCAGUAACAUCGACUACUGAAGAAUCAACAACUAGUGAAUCGUCUUCCACCAGUCCAGUAACAUCGACUACUGAAGAAUCAACAACUAGUGAAUCGUCUUCCACCAGUCCAGAAACAUCGACUACUGAAGAAUCAACAACUAUUGAAUCGUCUUCCACCAGUCCAGUUACAUCGACUACUGAAGAAUCAACAACUAGUGAAUCGUCUUCCACCAGUCCAGUAACAUCGACAACUGAAGAAUCAACAACUAGUGAAUCGUCUUCCACCAGUCCAGUAACAUCGACUGCUGAAGGAUCAACAACUAGUGAAUCGUCUUCCACCAGUCCAGUCACAUCGACUACUGAAGAAUCAACAACUAGUGAAUCGUCUUCCACCAGUCCAGUUACAUCGACUACUGAAGAAUCAACAACUAGUGAAUCGUCUUCCACCAGUCCAGUAACAUCGACAACUGAAGAAUCAACAACUAGUGAAUCGUCUUCCACCAGUCCAGUAACAUCGACUACAGACGAAUCAACAACUAGUGAAUCGUCUUCCACCAGUCCAGUAACAUCGACUACUGAAGAAUCAACAACUAGUGAAUCGUCUUCCACCAGUCCAGUAACAUCGACUACUGAAGAAUCAACAACUAGUGAAUCGUCUUCCACCAGUCCAGUAACAUCGACUACUGAAGAAUCAACAACUAGUGAAUCGUCUUCCACCAGUCCAGUAACAUCGACUACUGAAGAAUCAACAACUAGUGAAUCGUCUUCCACCAGUCCAGUUACAUCGACUACUGAAGAAUCAACAACUAGUGAAUCGUCUUCCACCAGUCCAGAAACAUCGACUACUGAAGAAUCAACAACUAGUGAAUCGUCUUCCACCAGUCCAGAAACAUCGACAACUGAAGAAUCAACAACUAGUGAAUCGUCUUCCACCAGUCCAGAAACAUCGACUACUGAAGAAUCAACAACUAGUGAAUCGUCUUCCACCAGUCCAGUUACAUCGACUACUGAAGAAUCAACAACUAGUGAAUCGUCUUCCACCAGUCCAGUAACAUCGACAACUGAAGAAUCAACAACUAGUGAAUCGUCUUCCACCAGUCCAGUAACAUCGACUACUGAAGAAUCAACAACUAGUGAAUCGUCUUCCACCAGUGCAGUAACAUCGACUACUGAAGAAUCAACAACUAGUGAAUCGUCUUCCACCAGUCCAGUAACAUCGACAACUGAAGAAUCAACAACUAGUGAAUCGUCUUCCACCAGUCCAGUAACAUCGACAACUGAAGAAUCAACAACUAGUGAAUCGUCUUCCACCAGUCCAGUAACAUCGACUACUGAAGAAUCAACAACUAGUGAAUCGUCUUCCACCAGUCCAGUAACAUCGACAACUGAAGAAUCAACAACUAGUGAAUCGUCUUCCACCAGUCCAGUAACAUCGACAACUGAAGAAUCAACAACUAGUGAAUCGUCUUCCACCAGUCCAGAAACAUCGACUACUGAAGAAUCAACAACUAGUGAAUCGUCUUCCACCAGUCCAGAAACAUCGACAACUGAAGAAUCAACAACUAGUGAAUCGUCUUCCACCAGUCCAAUAACAUCGACUACUGAAGAAUCAACAACUAGUGAAUCGUCUUCCACCAGUCCAGUAACAUCGACUACUGAAGAAUCAACAACUAGUGAAUCGUCUUCCACCAGUCCAGUUACAUCGACUACUGAAGAAUCAACAACUAGUGAAUCGUCUUCCACCAGUCCAGAAACAUCGACUACUGAAGAAUCAACAACUAGUGAAUCGUCUUCCACCAGUCCAGAAACAUCGACAACUGAAGAAUCAACAACUAGUGAAUCGUCUUCCACCAGUCCAAUAACAUCGACUACUGAAGAAUCAACAACUAGUGAAUCGUCUUCCACCAGUCCAGUAACAUCGACAACUGAAGAAUCAACAACUAGUGAAUCGUCUUCCACCAGUCCAGUAACAUCGACAACUGAAGAAUCAACAACUAGUGAAUCGUCUUCCACCAGUCCAGAAACAUCGACUACUGAAGAAUCAACAACUAGUGAAUCGUCUUCCACCAGUCCAGAAACAUCGACUACUGAAGAAUCAACAACUAGUGAAUCGUCUUCCACCAGUCCAGAAACAUCGACAACUGAAGAAUCAACAACUAGUGAAUCGUCUUCCACCAGUCCAAUAACAUCGACUACUGAAGAAUCAACAACUAGUGAAUCGUCUUCCACCAGUGCAGUAACAUCGACUACUGAAGAAUCAACAACUAGUGAAUCGUCUUCCACCAGUCCAGUAACAUCGACAACUGAAGAAUCAACAACUAGUGAAUCGUCUUCCACCAGUCCAGUAACAUCGACAACUGAAGAAUCAACAACUAGUGAAUCGUCUUCCACCAGUCCAGUAACAUCGACAACUGAAGAAUCAACAACUAGUGAAUCGUCUUCCACCAGUCCAGAAACAUCGACUACUGAAGAAUCAACAACUAGUGAAUCGUCUUCCACCAGUCCAGAAACAUCGACUACUGAAGAAUCAACAACUAGUGAAUCGUCUUCCACCAGUCCAGAAACAUCGACAACUGAAGAAUCAACAACUAGUGAAUCGUCUUCCACCAGUCCAAUAACAUCGACUACUGAAGAAUCAACAACUAGUGAAUCGUCUUCCACCAGUGCAGUAACAUCGACUACUGAAGAAUCAACAACUAGUGAAUCGUCUUCCACCAGUCCAGUAACAUCGACAACUGAAGAAUCAACAACUAGUGAAUCGUCUUCCACCAGUCCAGUAACAUCGACAACUGAAGAAUCAACAACUAGUGAAUCGUCUUCCACCAGUCCAGAAACAUCGACUACUGAAGAAUCAACAACUAGUGAAUCGUCUUCCACCAGUCCAGAAACAUCGACAACUGAAGAAUCAACAACUAGUGAAUCGUCUUCCACCAGUCCAAUAACAUCGACUACUGAAGAAUCAACAACUAGUGAAUCGUCUUCCACCAGUGCAGUAACAUCGACUACUGAAGAAUCAACAACUAGUGAAUCGUCUUCCACCAGUCCAGAAACAUCGACAACAGAAGAAUCAACAACUAGUGAAUCGUCUUCCACCAGUCCAAUAACAUCGACUACUGAAGAAUCAACAACUAGUGAAUCGUCUUCCACCAGUGCAGUAACAUCGACUACUGAAGAAUCAACAACUAGUGAAUCGUCUUCCACCAGUCCAGUAACAUCGACAACUGAAGAAUCAACAACUAGUGAAUCGUCUUCCACCAGUCCAGUAACAUCGACAACUGAAGAAUCAACAACUAGUGAAUCGUCUUCCACCAGUCCAGAAACAUCGACUACUGAAGAAUCAACAACUAGUGAAUCGUCUUCCACCAGUCCAGAAACAUCGACAACUGAAGAAUCAACAACUAGUGAAUCGUCUUCCACCAGUCCAAUAACAUCGACUACUGAAGAAUCAACAACUAGUGAAUCGUCUUCCACCAGUCCAGUAACAUCGACAACUGAAGAAUCAACAACUAGUGAAUCGUCUUCCACCAGUCCAGUAACAUCGACAACUGAAGAAUCAACAACUAGUGAAUCGUCUUCCACCAGUCCAGUAACAUCGACUACUGAAGAAUCAACAACUAGUGAAUCGUCUUCCACCAGUCCAGUAACAUCGACAACUGAAGAAUCAACAACUAGUGAAUCGUCUUCCACCAGUCCAGUAACAUCGACAACUGAAGAAUCAACAACUAGUGAAUCGUCUUCCACCAGUCCAGAAACAUCGACAACUGAAGAAUCAACAACUAGUGAAUCGUCUUCCACCAGUCCAGUAACAUCGACAACUGAAGAAUCAACAACUAGUGAAUCGUCUUCCACCAGUCCAGUAACAUCGACAACUGAAGAAUCAACAACUAGUGAAUCGUCUUCCACCAGUCCAGUAACAUCGACAACUGAAGAAUCAACAACUAGUGAAUCGUCUUCCACCAGUCCAGAAACAUCGACAACUGAAGAAUCAACAACUAGUGAAUCGUCUUCCACCAGUCCAGUAACAUCGACUACUGAAGAAUCAACAACUAGUGAAUCGUCUUCCACCAGUCCAGUAACAUCGACUACUGAAGAAUCAACAACUAGUGAAUCGUCUUCCACCAGUCCAGUAACAUCGACAACUGAAGAAUCAACAACUAGUGAAUCGUCUUCCACCAGUCCAAUAACAUCGACUACUGAAGAAUCAACAACUAGUGAAUCGUCUUCCACCAGUCCAGUAACAUCGACAACUGAAGAAUCAACAACUAGUGAAUCGUCUUCCACCAGUCCAGUAACAUCGACAACUGAAGAAUCAACAACUAGUGAAUCGUCUUCCACCAGUCCAGUAACAUCGACUACUGAAGAAUCAACAACUAGUGAAUCGUCUUCCACCAGUGCAGUAACAUCGACUACUGAAGAAUCAACAACUAGUGAAUCGUCUUCCACCAGUCCAGUAACAUCGACAACUGAAGAAUCAACAACUAGUGAAUCGUCUUCCACCAGUCCAGUAACAUCGACAACUGAAGAAUCAACAACUAGUGAAUCGUCUUCCACCAGUCCAGUAACAUCGACUACUGAAGAAUCAACAACUAGUGAAUCGUCUUCCACCAGUCCAGUAACAUCGACAACUGAAGAAUCAACAACUAGUGAAUCGUCUUCCACCAGUCCAGUAACAUCGACAACUGAAGAAUCAACAACUAGUGAAUCGUCUUCCACCAGUCCAGAAACAUCGACUACUGAAGAAUCAACAACUAGUGAAUCGUCUUCCACCAGUCCAGAAACAUCGACAACUGAAGAAUCAACAACUAGUGAAUCGUCUUCCACCAGUCCAAUAACAUCGACUACUGAAGAAUCAACAACUAGUGAAUCGUCUUCCACCAGUCCAGUAACAUCGACUACUGAAGAAUCAACAACUAGUGAAUCGUCUUCCACCAGUCCAGUAACAUCGACUACUGAAGAAUCAACAACUAGUGAAUCGUCUUCCACCAGUCCAGAAACAUCGACUACUGAAGAAUCAACAACUAGUGAAUCGUCUUCCACCAGUCCAGAAACAUCGACAACUGAAGAAUCAACAACUAGUGAAUCGUCUUCCACCAGUCCAAUAACAUCGACUACUGAAGAAUCAACAACUAGUGAAUCGUCUUCCACCAGUCCAGUAACAUCGACAACUGAAGAAUCAACAACUAGUGAAUCGUCUUCCACCAGUCCAGUAACAUCGACAACUGAAGAAUCAACAACUAGUGAAUCGUCUUCCACCAGUCCAGAAACAUCGACUACUGAAGAAUCAACAACUAGUGAAUCGUCUUCCACCAGUCCAGAAACAUCGACUACUGAAGAAUCAACAACUAGUGAAUCGUCUUCCACCAGUCCAGAAACAUCGACAACUGAAGAAUCAACAACUAGUGAAUCGUCUUCCACCAGUCCAAUAACAUCGACUACUGAAGAAUCAACAACUAGUGAAUCGUCUUCCACCAGUGCAGUAACAUCGACUACUGAAGAAUCAACAACUAGUGAAUCGUCUUCCACCAGUCCAGUAACAUCGACAACUGAAGAAUCAACAACUAGUGAAUCGUCUUCCACCAGUCCAGUAACAUCGACAACUGAAGAAUCAACAACUAGUGAAUCGUCUUCCACCAGUCCAGUAACAUCGACAACUGAAGAAUCAACAACUAGUGAAUCGUCUUCCACCAGUCCAGAAACAUCGACUACUGAAGAAUCAACAACUAGUGAAUCGUCUUCCACCAGUCCAGAAACAUCGACUACUGAAGAAUCAACAACUAGUGAAUCGUCUUCCACCAGUCCAGAAACAUCGACAACUGAAGAAUCAAUAACUAGUGAAUCGUCUUCCACCAGUCCAAUAACAUCGACUACUGAAGAAUCAACAACUAGUGAAUCGUCUUCCACCAGUGCAGUAACAUCGACUACUGAAGAAUCAACAACUAGUGAAUCGUCUUCCACCAGUCCAGUAACAUCGACAACUGAAGAAUCAACAACUAGUGAAUCGUCUUCCACCAGUCCAGUAACAUCGACAACUGAAGAAUCAACAACUAGUGAAUCGUCUUCCACCAGUCCAGAAACAUCGACUACUGAAGAAUCAACAACUAGUGAAUCGUCUUCCACCAGUCCAGAAACAUCGACAACUGAAGAAUCAACAACUAGUGAAUCGUCUUCCACCAGUCCAAUAACAUCGACUACUGAAGAAUCAACAACUAGUGAAUCGUCUUCCACCAGUGCAGUAACAUCGACUACUGAAGAAUCAACAACUAGUGAAUCGUCUUCCACCAGUCCAGAAACAUCGACUACUGAAGAAUCAACAACUAGUGAAUCGUCUUCCACCAGUCCAGUAACAUCGACUACUGAAGAAUCAACAACUAGUGAAUCGUCUUCCACCAGUCCAGAAACAUCGACUACUGAAGAAUCAACAACUAGUGAAUCGUCUUCCACCAGUCCAGAAACAUCGACUACUGAAGAAUCAACAACUAGUGAAUCGUCUUCCACCAGUCCAGUAACAUCGACUACUGAAGAAUCAACAACUAGUGAAUCGUCUUCCACCAGUCCAGUUACAUCGACUACUGAAGAAUCAACAACUAGUGAAUCGUCUUCCACCAGUCCAGAAACAUCGACUACUGAAGAAUCAACAACUAGUGAAUCGUCUUCCACCAGUCCAGUAACAUCGACUACUGAAGAAUCAACAACUAGUGAAUCGUCUUCCACCAGUCCAGAAACAUCGACUACUGAAGAAUCAACAACUAGUGAAUCGUCUUCCACCAGUCCAGAAACAUCGACUACUGAAGAAUCCACAACGAGUGAAUCGUCUUCCACCAGUCCAGUUACGUCGACCAAUGAAGAAUCAACAACAAGUGAAUCGUCUUCCACCAGUCCAGAAACAUCGACUACUGAAGAAUCAACAACUAGUGAAUCGUCUUCCACCAGUCCAGAAACAUCGACUACUGAAGAAUCAACAACUAGUGAAUCGUCUUCCACCAGUCCAGUAACAUCGACUACUGAAGAAUCAACAACUAGUGAAUCGUCUUCCACCAGUCCAGAAACAUCGACUACUGAAGAAUCAACAACUAGUGAAUCGUCUUCCACCAGUCCAGAAACAUCGACUACUGAAGAAUCAACAACUAGUGAAUCGUCUUCCACCAGUCCAGUAACAUCGACUACUGAAGAAUCAACAACUAGUGAAUCGUCUUCCACCAGUCCAGAAACAUCGACUACUGAAGAAUCAACAACUAGUGAAUCGUCUUCCACCAGUCCAGAAACAUCGACUACUGAAGAAUCAACAACUAGUGAAUCGUCUUCCACCAGUCCAGAAACAUCGACUACUGAAGAAUCAAUAACUAGUGAAUCGUCUUCCACCAGUCCAGAAACAUCGACUACUGAAGAAUCAACAACUAGUGAAUCGUCUUCCACCAGUCCAGUAACAUCGACUACUGAAGAAUCAACAACUAGUGAAUCGUCUUCCACCAGUCCAGUAACAUCGACUACUGAAGAAUCAACAACUAGUGAAUCGUCUUCCACCAGUCAAGUAACAUCGACUACUGAAGAAUCAACAACUAGUGAAUCGUCUUCCACCAGUCCAGUAACAUCGACUACUGAAGAAUCAACAACUAGUGAAUCGUCUUCCACCAGUCCAGUAACAUCGACAACUGAAGAAUCAACAACUAGUGAAUCGUCUUCCACCAGUCAAGUAACAUCGACUACUGAAGAAUCAACAACUAGUGAAUCGUCUUCCACCAGUCCAGUAACAUCGACUACAGACGAAUCAACUACUAGUGAAUCGUCUUCAACCAGUCCAGUUACAUCGACUACUGAAGAAUCAACAACUAGUGAAUCGUCUUCCACCAGUCCAGAAACAUCGACUUCUGAAGAAUCAACAACUAGUGAAUCGUCUUCCACCAGUCAAGUAACAUCGACUACUGAAGAAUCAACAACUAGUGAAUCGUCUUCCACCAGUCCAGUAACAUCGACUACAGACGAAUCAACUACUAGUGAAUCGUCUUCAACCAGUCCAGUUACAUCGACUACUGAAGAAUCAACAACUAGUGAAUCGUCUUCCACCAGUCCAGUAACAUCGACUACUGAAGAAUCAACAACUAGUGAAUCGUCUUCCACCAGUCCAGUAACAUCGACAACUGAAGAAUCAACAACUAGUGAACCGUCUUCCACCAGUCCAGUAACCUCGACUACUGACGAAUCAACAACUAGUGAAUCGUCUUCCACCAGUCCAGUAACAUCGACUACUGAAGAAUCAACAACUAGUGAAUCGUCUUCUACUAGUCCAGUUACAUCGACUACUGAAGAAUCAACAACUAGUGAAUCGUCUUCCACCAGUCCAGAAACAUCGACUACUGAAGAAUCAACAACUAGUGAAUCGUCUUCAACCAGUCCAGUUACAUCGACUACUGAAGAAUCAACAACUAGUGAAUCGUCUUCCACCAGUCCAGAAACAUCGACUUCUGAAGAAUCAACAACUAGUGAAUCGUCUUCCACCAGUCCAGAAACAUCGACUACUGAAGAAUCAACAACUAGUGAAUCGUCUUCCACCAGUCCAGAAACAUCGACUACUGAAGAAUCAACAACUAGUGAAUCGUCUUCCACCAGUCCAGAAACAUCGACUACUGAAGAAUCAACAACUAGUGAAUCGUCUUCCACCAGUCCAGAAACAUCGACAACUGAAGAAUCAACAACUAGUGAAUCGUCUUCCACCAGUCCAAUAACAUCGACUACUGAAGAAUCAACAACUAGUGAAUCGUCUUCCACCAGUGCAGUAACAUCGACUACUGAAGAAUCAACAACUAGUGAAUCGUCUUCCACCAGUCCAGUAACAUCGACAACUGAAGAAUCAACAACUAGUGAAUCGUCUUCCACCAGUCCAGUAACAUCGACAACUGAAGAAUCAACAACUAGUGAAUCGUCUUCCACCAGUCCAGAAACAUCGACUACUGAAGAAUCAACAACUAGUGAAUCGUCUUCCACCAGUCCAGAAACAUCGACAACUGAAGAAUCAACAACUAGUGAAUCGUCUUCCACCAGUCCAAUAACAUCGACUACUGAAGAAUCAACAACUAGUGAAUCGUCUUCCACCAGUCCAGUAACAUCGACAACUGAAGAAUCAACAACUAGUGAAUCGUCUUCCACCAGUCCAGUAACAUCGACAACUGAAGAAUCAACAACUAGUGAAUCGUCUUCCACCAGUCCAGUAACAUCGACUACUGAAGAAUCAACAACUAGUGAAUCGUCUUCCACCAGUCCAGUAACAUCGACAACUGAAGAAUCAACAACUAGUGAAUCGUCUUCCACCAGUCCAGUAACAUCGACAACUGAAGAAUCAACAACUAGUGAAUCGUCUUCCACCAGUCCAGAAACAUCGACAACUGAAGAAUCAACAACUAGUGAAUCGUCUUCCACCAGUCCAGUAACAUCGACAACUGAAGAAUCAACAACUAGUGAAUCGUCUUCCACCAGUCCAGUAACAUCGACAACUGAAGAAUCAACAACUAGUGAAUCGUCUUCCACCAGUCCAGUAACAUCGACAACUGAAGAAUCAACAACUAGUGAAUCGUCUUCCACCAGUCCAGAAACAUCGACAACUGAAGAAUCAACAACUAGUGAAUCGUCUUCCACCAGUCCAGUAACAUCGACUACUGAAGAAUCAACAACUAGUGAAUCGUCUUCCACCAGUCCAGUAACAUCGACAACUGAAGAAUCAACAACUAGUGAAUCGUCUUCCACCAGUCCAGUAACAUCGACAACUGAAGAAUCAACAACUAGUGAAUUGUCUUCCACCAGUCCAGAAACAUCGACUACUGAAGAAUCAACAACUAGUGAAUCGUCUUCCACCAGUCCAGAAACAUCGACAACUGAAGAAUCAACAACUAGUGAAUCGUCUUCCACCAGUCCAAUAACAUCGACUACUGAAGAAUCAACAACUAGUGAAUCGUCUUCCACCAGUCCAGUAACAUCGACAACUGAAGAAUCAACAACUAGUGAAUCGUCUUCCACCAGUCCAGUAACAUCGACUACUGAAGAAUCAACAACUAGUGAAUCGUCUUCCACCAGUCCAGUAACAUCGACUACUGAAGAAUCAACAACUAGUGAAUCGUCUUCCACCAGUGCAGUAACAUCGACUACUGAAGAAUCAACAACUAGUGAAUCGUCUUCCACCAGUCCAGUAACAUCGACAACUGAAGAAUCAACAACUAGUGAAUCGUCUUCCACCAGUCCAGUAACAUCGACAACUGAAGAAUCAACAACUAGUGAAUCGUCUUCCACCAGUCCAGUAACAUCGACUACUGAAGAAUCAACAACUAGUGAAUCGUCUUCCACCAGUCCAGUAACAUCGACAACUGAAGAAUCAACAACUAGUGAAUCGUCUUCCACCAGUCCAGUAACAUCGACAACUGAAGAAUCAACAACUAGUGAAUCGUCUUCCACCAGUCCAGAAACAUCGACUACUGAAGAAUCAACAACUAGUGAAUCGUCUUCCACCAGUCCAGAAACAUCGACAACUGAAGAAUCAACAACUAGUGAAUCGUCUUCCACCAGUCCAAUAACAUCGACUACUGAAGAAUCAACAACUAGUGAAUCGUCUUCCACCAGUCCAGUAACAUCGACUACUGAAGAAUCAACAACUAGUGAAUCGUCUUCCACCAGUCCAGUUACAUCGACUACUGAAGAAUCAACAACUAGUGAAUCGUCUUCCACCAGUCCAGAAACAUCGACUACUGAAGAAUCAACAACUAGUGAAUCGUCUUCCACCAGUCCAGAAACAUCGACAACUGAAGAAUCAACAACUAGUGAAUCGUCUUCCACCAGUCCAAUAACAUCGACUACUGAAGAAUCAACAACUAGUGAAUCGUCUUCCACCAGUCCAGUAACAUCGACUACUGAAGAAUCAACAACUAGUGAAUCGUCUUCCACCAGUCCAGUAACAUCGACAACUGAAGAAUCAACAACUAGUGAAUCGUCUUCCACCAGUCCAGAAACAUCGACUACUGAAGAAUCAACAACUAGUGAAUCGUCUUCCACCAGUCCAGAAACAUCGACUACUGAAGAAUCAACAACUAGUGAAUCGUCUUCCACCAGUCCAGAAACAUCGACAACUGAAGAAUCAACAACUAGUGAAUCGUCUUCCACCAGUCCAAUAACAUCGACUACUGAAGAAUCAACAACUAGUGAAUCGUCUUCCACCAGUGCAGUAACAUCGACUACUGAAGAAUCAACAACUAGUGAAUCGUCUUCCACCAGUCCAGUAACAUCGACUACUGAAGAAUCAACAACUAGUGAAUCGUCUUCCACCAGUCCAGUAACAUCGACAACUGAAGAAUCAACAACUAGUGAAUCGUCUUCCACCAGUCCAGAAACAUCGACUACUGAAGAAUCAACAACUAGUGAAUCGUCUUCCACCAGUCCAGAAACAUCGACUACUGAAGAAUCAACAACUAGUGAAUCGUCUUCCACCAGUCCAGAAACAUCGACAACUGAAGAAUCAACAACUAGUGAAUCGUCUUCCACCAGUCCAAUAACAUCGACUACUGAAGAAUCAACAACUAGUGAAUCGUCUUCCACCAGUGCAGUAACAUCGACUACUGAAGAAUCAACAACUAGUGAAUCGUCUUCCACCAGUCCAGUAACAUCGACAACUGAAGAAUCAACAACUAGUGAAUCGUCUUCCACCAGUCCAGUAACAUCGACAACUGAAGAAUCAACAACUAGUGAAUCGUCUUCCACCAGUCCAGAAACAUCGACUACUGAAGAAUCAACAACUAGUGAAUCGUCUUCCACCAGUCCAGAAACAUCGACAACUGAAGAAUCAACAACUAGUGAAUCGUCUUCCACCAGUCCAAUAACAUCGACUACUGAAGAAUCAACAACUAGUGAAUCGUCUUCCACCAGUGCAGUAACAUCGACUACUGAAGAAUCAACAACUAGUGAAUCGUCUUCCACCAGUCCAGAAACAUCGACUACUGAAGAAUCAACAACUAGUGAAUCGUCUUCCACCAGUCCAGUAACAUCGACUACUGAAGAAUCAACAACUAGUGAAUCGUCUUCCACCAGUCCAGAAACAUCGACUACUGAAGAAUCAACAACUAGUGAAUCGUCUUCCACCAGUCCAGAAACAUCGACUACUGAAGAAUCAACAACUAGUGAAUCGUCUUCCACCAGUCCAGUAACAUCGACUACUGAAGAAUCAACAACUAGUGAAUCGUCUUCCACCAGACCAGUUACAUCGACUACUGAAGAAUCAACAACUAGUGAAUCGUCUUCCACCAGUCCAGAAACAUCGACUACUGAAGAAUCAACAACUAGUGAAUCGUCUUCCACCAGUCCAGUAACAUCGACUACUGAAGAAUCAACAACUAGUGAAUCGUCUUCCACCAGUCCAGAAACAUCGACUACUGAAGAAUCAACAACUAGUGAAUCGUCUUCCACCAGUCCAGAAACAUCGACUACUGAAGAAUCAACAACUAGUGAAUCGUCUUCCACCAGUCCAGUAACAUCGACUACUGAAGAAUCAACAACUAGUGAAUCGUCUCCCACCAGUCCAGUUACAUCGACUACUGAAGAAUCAACAACUAGUGAAUCGUCUUCCACCAGUCCAAUUACAUCGACCACUGAAGAAUCCACAACGAGUGAAUCGUCUUCCACCAGUCCAGUUACGUCGACCAAUGAAGAAUCAACAACAAGUGAAUCGUCUUCCACCAGUCCAGAAACAUCGACUACUGAAGAAUCAACAACUAGUGAAUCGUCUUCCACCAGUCCAGAAACAUCGACUACUGAAGAAUCAACAACUAGUGAAUCGUCUUCCACCAGUCCAGUAACAUCGACUACUGAAGAAUCAACAACUAGUGAAUCGUCUUCCACCAGUCCAGAAACAUCGACUACUGAAGAAUCAACAACUAGUGAAUCGUCUUCCACCAGUCCAGAAACAUCGACUACUGAAGAAUCAACAACUAGUGAAUCGUCUUCCACCAGUCCAGUAACAUCGACUACUGAAGAAUCAACAACUAGUGAAUCGUCUUCCACCAGUCCAGAAACAUCGACUACUGAAGAAUCAACAACUAGUGAAUCGUCUUCCACCAGUCCAGAAACAUCGACUACUGAAGAAUCAACAACUAGUGAAUCGUCUUCCACCAGUCCAGAAACAUCGACUACUGAAGAAUCAAUAACUAGUGAAUCGUCUUCCACCAGUCCAGAAACAUCGACUACUGAAGAAUCAACAACUAGUGAAUCGUCUUCCACCAGUCCAGUAACAUCGACUACUGAAGAAUCAACAACUAGUGAAUCGUCUUCCACCAGUCCAGUAACAUCGACUACUGAAGAAUCAACAACUAGUGAAUCGUCUUCCACCAGUCAAGUAACAUCGACUACUGAAGAAUCAACAACUAGUGAAUCGUCUUCCACCAGUCCAGUAACAUCGACUACUGAAGAAUCAACAACUAGUGAAUCGUCUUCCACCAGUCCAGUAACAUCGACAACUGAAGAAUCAACAACUAGUGAAUCGUCUUCCACCAGUCAAGUAACAUCGACUACUGAAGAAUCAACAACUAGUGAAUCGUCUUCCACCAGUCCAGUAACAUCGACUACAGACGAAUCAACUACUAGUGAAUCGUCUUCAACCAGUCCAGUUACAUCGACUACUGAAGAAUCAACAACUAGUGAAUCGUCUUCCACCAGUCCAGAAACAUCGACUUCUGAAGAAUCAACAACUAGUGAAUCGUCUUCCACCAGUCAAGUAACAUCGACUACUGAAGAAUCAACAACUAGUGAAUCGUCUUCCACCAGUCCAGUAACAUCGACUACAGACGAAUCAACUACUAGUGAAUCGUCUUCAACCAGUCCAGUUACAUCGACUACUGAAGAAUCAACAACUAGUGAAUCGUCUUCCACCAGUCCAGUAACAUCGACUACUGAAGAAUCAACAACUAGUGAAUCGUCUUCCACCAGUCCAGUAACAUCGACAACUGAAGAAUCAACAACUAGUGAACCGUCUUCCACCAGUCCAGUAACCUCGACUACUGACGAAUCAACAACUAGUGAAUCGUCUUCCACCAGUCCAGUAACAUCGACUACUGAAGAAUCAACAACUAGUGAAUCGUCUUCUACUAGUCCAGUUACAUCGACUACUGAAGAAUCAACAACUAGUGAAUCGUCUUCCACCAGUCCAGAAACAUCGACUACUGAAGAAUCAACAACUAGUGAAUCGUCUUCCACCAGUCCAGUAACAUCGACUACUGAAGAAUCAACAACUAGUGAAUCGUCUUCCACCAGUCCAGAAACAUCGACUACUGAAGAAUCAACAACUAGUGAAUCGUCUUCCACCAGUCCAGAAACAUCGACUACUGAAGAAUCAACAACUAGUGAAUCGUCUUCCACCAGUCCAGUAACAUCGACUACUGAAGAAUCAACAACUAGUGAAUCGUCUUCCACCAGUCCAGAAACAUCGACUACUGAAGAAUCAACAACUAGUGAAUCGUCUUCCACCAGUCCAGAAACAUCGACUACUGAAGAAUCAACAACUAGUGAAUCGUCUUCCACCAGUCCAGUUACAUCGACUACUGAAGAAUCAACAACUAGUGAAUCGUCUUCCACCAGUCCAGAAACAUCGACUACUGAAGAAUCAACAACUAGUGAAUCGUCUUCCACCAGUCCAGUAACAUCGACUACUGAAGAAUCAACAACUAGUGAAUCGUCUUCCACCAGUCCAGAAACAUCGACUACUGAAGAAUCAACAACUAGUGAAUCGUCUUCCACCAGUCCAGUAACAUCGACUACUGAAGAAUCAACAACUAGUGAAUCGUCUCAAACCAGUCCAGUUACAUCGACUGCUGAAGAAUCAACAACUAGUGAAUCGUCUUCCACCAGUCCAAUUACAUCGACCACUGAAGAAUCCACAACGAGUGAAUCGCCUUCCACCAGUCCAGUUACGUCGACCAAUGAAGAAUCAACAACAAGUGAAUCGUCUUCCACCAGUCCAGAAACAUCGACUACUGAAGAAUCAACAACUAGUGAAUCGUCUUCCACCAGUCCAGAAACAUCGACUACUGAAGAAUCAACAACUAGUGAAUCGUCUUCCACCAGUCCAGUAACAUCGACUACUGAAGAAUCAACAACUAGUGAAUCGUCUUCCACCAGUCCAGAAACAUCGACUACUGAAGAAUCAACAACUAGUGAAUCGUCUUCCACCAGUCCAGAAACAUCGACUACUGAGGAAUCAACAACUAGUGAAUCGUCUUCCACCAGUCCAGAAACAUCGACUACUGAAGAAUCAACAACUAGUGAAUCGUCUUCCACCAGUCCAGAAACAUCGACCACUGAAGUAUCCACAACGAGUGAAUCGUCUUCCACCAGUCCAGUUACGUCGAAUACUGAAGAAUCAACAACAAGCGAAUCGUCUUCCACCAGUCCAGAAACAUCGACUACUGAAGAAUCAACAACUAGUGAAUCGUCUUCCACCAGUCCAGAAACAUCGACUACUGAAGAAUCAACAACUAGUGAAUCGUCUUCCACCAGUCCAGUAACAUCGACUACUGAAGAAUCAACAACUAGUGAAUCGUCUUCCACCAGUCCAGAAACAUCGACUACUGAAGAAUCAACAACUAGUGAAUCGUCUUCCACCAGUCCAGUUACAUCGACCACUGAAGAAUCCACAACGAGUGAAUCGUCUUCCACCAGUCCAGUUACGUCGAGCACUCAAGAAUCAACAACAAGUGAAUCGUCUUCCACCAGUCCAGUUACAUCGACCACUGAAGUAUCCACAACGAGUGAAUCGUCUUCCACCAGUCCAGUUACGUCGAAUACUGAAGAAUCAACAACUAGUGAAUCGUCUUCCACCAGUCCAGUAACAUCGACUACUGAAGAAUCAACAACUAGUGAAUCGUCUUCCACCAGUCCAGUAACAUCGACUACUGAAGAAUCAACAACUAGUGAAUCGUCUUCCACCAGUCCAGUAACAUCGACUACUGAAGAGUCAACAACUAGUGAAUCGUCUUCCACCAGUCCAGUAACAUCGACUACUGAAGAAUCAACAACUAGUGAAUCGUCUUCCACCAGUCCAGAAACAUCGACUACUGAAGAAUCAACAACUAGUGAAUCGUCUUCCACCAGUCCAGUAACAUCGACUACUGAAGAAUCAACAACUAGUGAAUCGUCUUCCACCAGUCAAGUAACAUCGACUACUGAAGAAUCAACAACUAGUGAAUCGUCUUCCACCAGUCCAGUAACAUCGACAACUGAAGAAUCAACAACUAGUGAAUCGUCUUCCACCAGUCAAGUAACAUCGACUACUGAAGAAUCAACAACUAGUGAAUCGUCUUCCACCAGUGCAGUAACAUCGACUACUGAAGAAUCAACAACUAGUGAAUCGUCUUCCACCAGUCCAGUAACAUCGUCUACUGAAGAAUCAACAACUAGUGAAUCGUCUUCCACCAAUCCAGUAACAUCGACUACUGAAGAAUCAACAACUAGUGAAUCGUCUUCCACCAGUCCAGUAACAUCGACUACUGAGGAAUCAACAACUAGUGAAUCGUCUUCCACCAGUCCAGUAACAUCGACUACUGAAGAAUCAACAACUAGUGAAUCGUCUUCCACCAGUCCAGUAACAUCGACUACUGAAGAAUCAACAACUAGUGAAUCGUCUUCCACCAGUCCAGUAACAUCGACUACUGAAGAAUCAACAACUAGUGAAUCGUCUUCCACCAGUCCAGAAACAUCGACUACUGAAGAAUCAACAACUAGUGAAUCGUCUUCCACCAGUCAAGUAACAUCGACUACUGAAGAAUCAACAACUAAUGAAUCGUCUUCCACCAGUCCAGAAACAUCGACUACUGAAGAAUCAACAACAAGUGAAUCGUCUUCCACCAGUCCAGUCACAUCGACUACUCAAGAAUCAACAACUAGUGAAUCGUCUUCCACCAGUGCAGUAACAUCGACUACUGAAGAAUCAACAACUAGUGAUUCGUCUUCCACCAGUUUAGAAACAUCGACUACUGAAGAAUCAACAACUAGUGAAUCGUCUUCCACCAGUCCAGUAACAUCGACUACUGAAGAAUCAACAACUAGUGAAUCGUCUUCCACCAGUCCAGAAACAUCGACUACUGAAGAAUCAACAACUAGUGAAUCGUCUUCCACCAGUCCAGAAACAUCGACUACUGAAGAAUCAACAACUAGUGAAUCGUCUUCCACCAGUGCAGUAACAUCGACUACUGAAGAAUCAACAACUAGUGAAUCGUCUUCCACCAGUCCAGUAACAUCGACUACUGAAGAAUCAACAACUAGUGAAUCGGCUUCCACCAGUCCAGUAACAUCGACUACUGAAGAAUCAACAACUAGUGAAUCGUCUUCCACCAGUCCAGUUACAUCGACCACUGAAGAAUCCACAACGAGUGAAUCGUCUUCCACCAGUCCAGUUACGUCGAGCACUCAAGAAUCAACAACAAGUGAAUCGUCUUCCACCAGUCCAGUUACAUCGACCACUGAAGUAUCCACAACGAGUGAAUCGUCUUCCACCAGUCCAGUAACAUCGACUACUGAAGAAUCAACAACUAGUGAAUCGUCUCCCACCAGUCCAGUUACAUCGACUACUGAAGAAUCAACAACUAGUGAAUCGUCUUCCACCAGUCCAGAAACAUCGACUACUGAAGAAUCAACAACUAGUGAAUCGUCUUCCACCAGUCCAGUAACAUCGACUACUGAAGAAUCAACAACUAGUGAAUCGUCUUCCACCAGUCCAGAAACAUCGACUACUGAAGAAUCAACAACUAGUGAAUCGUCUUCCACCAGUCCAGUAACAUCGACUACUGAAGAAUCAACAACUAGUGAAUCGUCUUCCACCAGUCCAGUAACAUCGACUACUGAAGAAUCAACAACUAGUGAAUCGUCUUCCACCAGUGCAGUAACAUCGACUACUGAAGAAUCAACAACUAGUGAAUCGUCUUCCACCAGUCCAGUAACAUCGACUACUGAAGAAUCAACAACUAGUGAAUCGUCUUCCACCAGUCCAGUAACAUCGACUACUGAAGAAUCAACAACUAGUGAAUCGUCUUCCACCAGUCCAGUAACAUCGACUACUGAAGAAUCAACAACUAGUGAAUCGUCUUCCACCAGUCCAGAAACAUCGACUACUGAAGAAUCAACAACUAGUGAAUCGUCUUCCACCAGUCCAGUUACGUCGACCACUGAAGAAUCAACAACAAGUGAAUCGUCUUCCACCAAUCCAGUUAUGUCGACCACUGAAGAAUCAACAACAAGUGAAUCGUCUUCCACCAGUCCAGAAACAUCGACUACUGAAGAAUCAACAACUAGUGAAUCGUCUUCCACCAGUCCAGUAACAUCGACUACUGAAGAAUCAACAACUAGUGAAUCGUCUUCCACCAGUCCAGUAACAUCGACUACUGAAGAAUCAACAACUAGUGAAUCGUCUUCCACCAGUCCAGAAACAUCGACUACUGAAGAAUCAACAACUAGUGAAUCGUCUUCCACCAGUCCAGUUACGUCGACCACUGAAGAAUCAACAACUAGUGAAUCGUCUUCCACCAGUCCAGUAACAUCGACCACUGAAUCAACUACCACUGACGAUGAUGUAGCCUACACAGAAGAAUUAGAACCAGAAUAUCAAGGUCCCCGGGCUAGGUUUUCCAAUUCACGAAAACUGCUUUCAAGUAAUUUAGAUGUUAAUGCUAAAGAAGAACACAGAAAGCGAACAAAACGUGCCGUGAGCAAACUUUUACGAAAUUAUCGAACACAAAAGCUGAGAUCUAUUGGCGAUGGCACAAGCUAUCAUUGUUAUAAGACUGUUUAUACAGAUCAAUCUGGUAAGAAAUCCGUUAAGCGCGGAUGUCUUGCCGUACCUGAAGAAGCAAGCGCUUGUGAAAUGCUUGCUGAUUCGAAUGGAAAGAAAUUGGACAAAUGCAAAAUAUGUACAUUUGACAGGUGCAACAGCAGUAGCACUUUGCAAAUUUCACGGCCAUUGCUCCUAUUAGCUUUCUUUAAGUUGCUACAGUACGUUGCUUUUUAG